UUGAAGUGAGUUUCUCUGCCAGAUCCCGGGCUGGAUGGGCAGCGGCUCGCAGCAGAGCUGAGCGGCGGAGGCGAGCGCUCCGUUCCGCGCCGCACCGCGCCAGCCGGCGGAGCCGGGAGCGGCCGAGGGGGACCGCGGCACACGCUCGCAGCCCCCACCCCGCCCCCAGCGCAGCCCAAGGAUUACUCGGCUUUUUUUUCCUCCUCUUUCUCUCCGGCCGGCUCCCCCUUUCCCUCCCCCUCCGCACCCACGCCCUCCCCGCCAGAGAGAGACACGGGACAUUUUAUGUUUGCUUUCCUGCUCAGGGGGUGUGCGGCUUUUUUCCCUCCUCGUCUGCAGAAAGCGAGCGAACGUUUCCGAGUGCGAGCGGCACCACUUGCCCCAGUUUUCAUGAGAGGUUUUGGGUCAUGAUCACAUCGCCCUCGCUUUCUGCUAUAAGAAGUAGUAAGCGCAGCAGCAGCCUCAGCGAACCGGGAGGCAGCCCCCGCCGGAGCCGCAGCGCCGCCGACCUCGCCGGGCCGAACGGGCACGCUGGGAGUAACGGCAGCAGCGCCUCCGCCAAGCCCUGCUUCCACGCCGUCCCCCCCUCGGACCCGCUACGCCAAGCCAACCGCCUUCCCAUCAAAGUCUUGAAAAUGCUCACGGCGCGGACUGGACACAUUUUACACCCCGAAUACCUGCAGCCUCUACCUUCCACGCCCGUCAGCCCCAUCGAGCUGGAUGCGAAGAAGAGUCCCCUGGCCCUUCUGGCACAAACUUGCUCGCAGAUAGGGAAGCCAGACCCGUCCCCGUCCUCCAAACUCUCCUCGGUCACUUCCAAUGGCUCCGGAGGCGACAAGGACUCCAAGUCGGGGCCCCUGAAGCUCAGCGACAUCGGCGUGGAGGACAAAUCGAGCUUCAAGCCGUACUCGAAGCCAGGCGCAGAGAAGAAGGAGCCGGGGGCGGCGGGCUGCGCGGGCGCCCCCGCCGCGGGGGUCGCGGCCGGGGAGAAGUCGGGAUUCCGGGUGCCGAGCGCCACCUGCCAGCCGUUCACCCCAAGGACAGGCAGUCCCAACUCCAGCGCCUCCGCCUGCUCGCCGGGGCUGCUGCCGGCCGAGGGCAAAGGCGGAGAGGACAAGAAGGACUCAGAGGGCUGCGGAAAGAGCGGCAGCUCCGGUUCGGAGGGAGGCCCGGGCACCACCAGCAUCAGCCACAGCCGGAUUAGCGUGAGCUGUGCCGGGAUUAACGUGGAGGUCAACCAGCACCAGGAGAGCACGCCGGGCUCCAAACCCAUCGUUUCGGACUCCGCCUCCUCCUGUAGCAGCACCACCGCCACCUCCUCCACCUCCGUCCUGGGCUCUGGUCUCGUGGCCCCCGUCUCCCCCUACAAGCCGGGCCAGACCGUCUUCCCCCUGCCCCCCGCGGGCAUGAGCUACCCGGGGACGCUGGCUGGAGCAUACGCCGGCUACCCGCCCCAGUUCCUGCCACACGGAGUGGCACUGGACCCCACCAAAUCCUCCAGCCUGGUGGGAGCCCAGCUGGCUGCCGCCAGCAGCCUGGGCUGCAGCAAGCCGGCGGGGUCGAGCCCGCUGGCGGGCGCGUCGCCGCCGUCGGUAAUGACGGCGAGCUUGUGCCGAGACCCGUACUGCCUGAGCUACCACUGCGCCAGCCACCUGGCUGGAGCCGCCGGUGCCUCCUGCGCCCACGAUCAGGCCCUCAAGUCCGGAUACCCCCUCGUCUACCCCACCCACCCUUUGCACAGCGUGCACUCCUCGCUAACUGGCGCCACGCCGCCCUCUCUGGCCGGCCAUCCUUUGUACCCCUACGGCUUCAUGCUCCCCAACGACCCCCAGCCACACAUCUGCAACUGGGUGUCAGCCAACGGACCUUGCGACAAGCGCUUCGCCACCUCGGAGGAGCUGCUUAGCCACUUGCGGACUCAUACUGCCUUCCCGGGCACCGAUAAACUCCUCUCCAGCUACCCCAGCUCCUCGUCGCUGGCCAGCGCAGCGGCAGCGGCCAUGGCAUGUCACAUGCACAUCCCUACGACGGGCGCCCCGGGCAGCCCGGGCACGCUGGCCCUGCGCAGCCCACACCAUGCACUGGGACUCGGCAGCCGCUACCACCCAUACUCCAAGAGCCCCCUGCCCACCCCCGGGGCUCCUGUGCCCGUGCCCGCCGCCACCGGACCCUACUAUUCCCCUUACGCACUCUACGGGCAGAGACUCACCACAGCAUCAGCCCUGGGGUACCAGUGAGCACAGGCAGCGGGGCUUUGACACACAACACACAGUCUAGCAGUGAGGGAAGGAAGCCCUGCAAAACUUUAUAAAAGUUGGAAAGAAAAACAAACAAAAAUCAGACUUUUUAUAAAAUAGUGUUCAUUUGAGGACUGGAUCCGUGAGCACUGUAUUUAUUUAUGUUAGCUUCAAGCGGGACAACGAAUCAUAAAGUGCAUUACUUAACUGAGCUCAAUAGGUAAAAGUGGAACACCCAUUGUAGAAUAUAAAUAAAAAGAUAGAGGUCUUCUCUUUAAUGUUACUUUAAAAUUGCUAUGAUUGUAUUGUACGUUCUUAUUUAAUGUCUCACUGAAACAAAAAAAUUUACAUGCAUGUUUGUUACUAAAAAACAACUCGCAAUUUGUCAGUUAUAAUUUCAAAUUGCAAUUAUUUUUAAGGUGUAUACCCUUGAAAGAGAAUUGGUAUUUUUUUGUAUGUAUUCUGGAAGAAAAACAAAAACAAUUCUAUUCCAAAAACCUCAUUUGCCUUAUUUUGUUCUUUAAAAGGAACACUUAUCUAUUUUUAAUUUUUAAGUCCACCCUGUAAAAAGGGUUAAGUAAGAUUUACGUCAUGUACUAAAAUAGACAAUGUAUCUCUUUAAAGAUUAAAAUUCCAUAUAUUUGAUGUAUUAAAAGGUUUUACUUUUUU